UUUUGUACAAGUUUCUCUCUUGCUCUUAAACCACUCACUAUUUUCUUCUCUCUGCAUUUUACUGAGUCGUUCUGCCUCAACUUUCAUUUCUUUUGGGUCGUCUUCUGCAGAUCAAUCUCUGGAAAUCGUCAAUGGAAAGAAGGAAGGAUCAGAUAGUGAAUCAUUAUGUACGCAAAAAGUGGACCAGAAAUCGUGAUAUUAUGUCAUGGUGGAGCAAUGUUGUGGAGUUUGACAAUGUGAAUGGCGAAAACGAACACAAUGCUAACCCUCCAAAGCUGAAAAGGCGAAAGGCAUCUGCAUCUUCUUCUGGAUACAGAACUGGUCGGGCUGGUAGUAAGCCAACUCGUGUGCUGAGGCCACGAAAACAAGUGCAGGAAAAGGUUACUCUUACUUCCACACACUAUCGUCCCUGUACAAUCUUAUCAUGGCUGAUUGACAAUGAUGUGGUUUUUCCAAGUGAGAAAGUACAUUAUUGUACUGUAAAGGGCAGUCAUCCAAUGGCACAAGGGACAAUAAGUCGAGCGGGGAUAGUAUGCAACUGUUGCCAGAAGGUGUUUAGUCUUUGUGACUUUGAAAGUCAUGCAUGCUGCAGUGAGAAUCAUGUUGGCUGCAGUAACCACACACCUGCAGCCAAUAUUUUUCUGAACGAUGGAAGGUCUAUCUUAGAUUGCCAGACACAACUCUUAAGUGAAAAAAGGAAGAGGAGCUGCAGACCACAACCACAUGGUAGGAUUAAGGGUAAUUGGACUCCAGGCGAAAAUGAUUCCUUUUGUACUGUGUGCCGUGAUGGUGGUCAUUUGGUUUUAUGCGAUCUGUGUCCCUCAGCAUUCCACAAGAGUUGCAUUGGGUUGAAGGAUGUUCCAGAUGGUGACUGGUUCUGUCCAGCUUGCUGUUGUGCACUUUGUGGCCAAAGCAUACUCACGAAAGACAGAAAACCUACUAUGCAUUAUCGUACCUGUGGUCAAUGCGAGCGUGAAUAUCACACUGGGUGCCUGAGGAAAAUAAGUGCAGAUAUGUUGGAAAGUGAUCCAAAAGGGAACUGGUUUUGCAGAGAGAGCUGUAAAAAGAUAUACUUAGGCCUUCACGAGUGUUUAGGGAAACAAUUUCCAGCGGGUAUUGACAGUCUAACCUGGUCACUAUUGAAGUCUGACAGUAAAGAUACUAAUGAUCCUAAUAAUGAUGCCAUCACUGAGACUUACAGCAGGCUCAAUCUAGCCGUUAUUGUGAUGCACGAGUGCUUUAAGCCUGUUAAGAAACCUCAUACUGGUACAGAUCUUGCAGAAGAUAUCAUAUUCAGUAGAGGGUCGGAUCGUAAUCGCAUGAACUGUCAAGGGUUUUAUACAAUGCUUUUGGAGAAAAAUGAUGAAAUAAUAACUGUAGCUACUGUAAGGAUCUAUGGAGCACAGGUGGCAGAAAUACCACUUAUUGGUACCAAAUUCCAAUAUCGUCGAGGUGGAAUGUGUCGUUUAUUAAUGCAUCUGCUUGAAAAGAUGCUAAUGAAUUUAGGUGUGGAGAGACUGGUCUUGCCCAGUGUCCCCCGUUUACUAGACAAUUGGUCAUCAUUUGGAUUUUCAAAGAUGACGGAUUCUCAGAGGCUACAGGUUCUAGAUUAUAGAUUCAUGGAGUUUCAGGAUACCAUUAUAUGUCAGAAAAGUUUAAUGAAGAUCCCUCUAGCUGAACCCUGCCCAUCGGAAGGAACUCCACUUGUUAUCUCUGGAAGUGUUGAUAAUAUGGAUUCUAAUGGGUCAAGUGGUGAUAAUGUCUCAAUCACAUGGAAAAUUGACAAUUUCUCUACUUUGCUGUGUAUCAAGAAGUACUCUGACACUUUCCUCACUGGUCAAUUGAGAUGGCGGAUUCUUUUGUAUCCAAACGGAAGGGAAUCUGUAGACGACUUGUCCGUGUCUUUUGAUGUUGAAGGUGGCCCAGAAUUGCCACCUGGGUGGUCUAGAUAUGCACUACUCAGCAUGACCAUGGUUAAUCAACUUCAGCGCAGCAAGUCAAUAACCAAAGAAAGUAAACAUGUUUUCAAUAAAGGGGGGAGUGACUGUGGCUUCACAUCCUUAAUUCCACUAAAUGAGUUACAUGACCCUAGUAAAGGGUAUCUUGUGAAUGAUACAUGUAUCAUCGAAGCCAAUAUUACAGUCUGCAAGGCUAGAAUUCAGAUUUCACAUGCCCAGAAAACUGGCCUGGAGUCUGUGGAAGUUCCAAAUCCUUCUUCAGCAGCACGCAGGGCAUCUUGGUUCAAAAAUGUGACUGCCGUCCAGGAUGCAACAACUUCUGAACACGUUUACAUCGAGCUGUCUGAUGCCAGUUCUGAGCCUAUGGAAGUUCCAGAUCUUUCUUCAGCUACACGGAAGGCAGUUAGCUUUCAACAUAUGACUGCCUCCCAGGACACAGCAAGUUCUGCAGAAGUUAUCAAGUUUUCUGAAACCAGUACUGACCAUUCCCACGAUGAGGAAUUUGAUGUUGUGUCCUCCACAUCACCUUCUGAUCUCUUGAACUUCAGGGGCUUGGCGGAUAUAAAGAAAGAUUUUGUUCCCCUACUCGAGGAAGUUUGUUUAUGGCAUCCUUCUCUUAUUGAAUGCCAAAGGGAGAGUAGUCCCCAGUUCACUGAAUGGGCAUUUACUGCCUUGGGAAAAGUCCUGCAUUUUUUGAAGACCAAAAAGGUUAAGGAUAUGACAACAUAUGUUUGUAAAGACCUACAAAUUUUAUGGAAUGAGCUGAAGGUCUUCGGAUUUGACCUGACAUGGCUAAAGCCUCAUGUUGAAAGAGCUCUCGGUAUGAGUAAGUUUGUGGAAAGCACAAAGGAGCUAAAAAGAGUAGCAGAGAAUGUAAAGGCUUUGGAGAUUGAAUCAAAGAGGCUAAAGGCUAAGCUUGUGGCAGCGAGAAGUGAUCUGGAGAAGGCUGGACAAGGCUUCGAAGAGAUUAUGGAUAGUGAGUUAGGCUAUCAUACUUGUUAAGUUCUCUCUUGCACAAGUUAACCAAAGAAGUGUCUGCUCAUGCUUUCAAAUGACUUUUAUUAUUGCUUCUAGGGGAUGACUAAUCUUCCAAGACAGAACAGUUGUGACCAAAGAAAUCAGUAGUCAUCGCUCUUUUGAUAAAUUUCACUAAUUUUUC